CUGCUUGUGGCCCUUGCUUUGGCUUCUGGAGGCAUGGAUCUCAUGUGUGCUGGCCCCUCCUCCUCCUCCUCUCCUGCUGGCUGUGAAGCGCUGCAGCGCGGAGAGGCAGCAGGGARCACACCGCUCACACUUCGGUUUCUUUUAGGGGCUGUGUGUGGACUCUGCGUUGGGGGGAGUUGGAGCUGCGCCGUGUGUUGGGACUACUUUCUGCGGCUCUCCUCUCUCCGGUUAGAUGACAGAGAGAAGAAGGGAACAGGGGCUUCGGUGAGCGCGUCUGAAGAGUCCGGCUGCUGCUGAGGAGACGGGAGUCUGCGGGUCCACCUCUGCCGCAAACAUGAACGUCCUGUUUUGGGUCCUCCCGGUGGUCAUUCUGSUGAGAUCUGCGCGCGGAGGCGUGAAGUCUGAUGAGCCAUGUGGAGGGCUGGACUGCAGCGGAGGGUGCAAGUGCUUCCCAGAGAAAGGCGGCAGGGGUUCUCCAGGACCUCUUGGUACAAUUGGUGUUAGUGGACCAGAAGGUCCACAUGGGAUGCCCGGGCCUCAAGGGCCUAAAGGAGAGAAGGGCCACCUUGGAUAUAAAGGACCAGCUGGGUCCAAAGGAGACAUAGGCCCAAUGGGAGUGCCAGGAUUCAAAGGAAGUGAUGGAGUUCCUGGUCACCCUGGUCAGCAAGGUAGCCGAGGACCACCAGGAAAGGACGGCUGUAAUGGGACCAUAGGGGAUCCUGGUCUGCCUGGCUAUGGAACAGGACAUCCAGGAUUCCCUGGUUUUCAAGGGCCAACUGGACCAAAGGGUCAAAAAGGGGAGCCUGUAUAUAUAUCAAAUGGGCAGGGCAUAUCGGGUCCUCCAGGAAUUGAUGGCAUACCAGGUUUUAUGGGUCCUGAUGGUCCACCUGGUUUUCCUGGUCUAAGAGGACCUAAUGGGUUCCCUGGGAUCCCUGGUCUUCCUGGUCCCCCAGGGCCAAUGGGGAAAAGUGGUGACAUAUCUCGAGGAGGGAAAGGAGACAAGGGUGAUGUGGGCUUGCCCGGUGAGCCCGGCCAGCCGAUGAUAGAUGGAAUUGUGGAGUUUGUGGGUUUUCCCAAAGGAGACAAAGGAAUGCAGGGGGAUCCAGGUCCAAAAGGAAUUCAAGGUUACCCUGGAAGUCCUGGACCACCUGGACUUUUUGGUUUUCCUGGUGAAGUUGGAGAGAAGGGCAUUCCUGGAUACCCCGGACCAAGAGGUUUUCCAGGUUUUACCGGACCUCCUGGUAUUCCAGCAGCACAAGGAAUGAGAGGUGACCCAGGUUUUAUUGGCCAACCAGGAUACAUAGGACCUAAGGGAAACCAAGGUGAACCUGGACUCCCAGGACCUCCAGCUUAUGUCAGUGAAAGUGGCACUUCCAUUCAAGGACUUCCAGGGGAUGCGGGUUUAAGUGGCCUCCCAGGCAACCCUGGUGAACGAGGAUUCUCAGGAGACCCAGGACCUCUAGGCCAACCGGGUCGUUUUGUUAUAGGUUCUGCAGGAGUCCCUGGUUUUCCAGGCAGCCCCGGCCCAAAAGGAGAGAAGGGUAACCCGGGCAUACAGAGCUAUGGCCCGGAAGGACCCCCUGGUUCCCCUGGACUCUCUGGACCCCCUGGUCCUCCUGGACCGCAGGGCCCUACUGAUUCUCCUGAUGAUCCCCGAGGUCCUUCUGGACAACCCGGGCUGCCUGGUCCCCGAGGAGAACCGGGUUUCUUUGGCUUCAAAGGCUUUAAAG